AUGACCAAGCUGGCGAUAUACAGCUGGAACAUUGACUUUAUGCUUCCACAUGGAGAUGCUCGGAUGAACGCUGCGUUAGCGCAUCUGGAAGAGCUGACUCGCCACCAUCGAUCGGACGAGAACACAGCGGUUGUCAUCAACUUGCAGGAGUGUGUACCUUCCGACCUCAUCAAUAUCGGCCAGAAGCCUUGGAUUCGGGAGAGCUUUUACUGUACAGACACAGAUACCUCAACCUGGGGUUCAGACUUAUACGGUACAACGACGCUUGUGGAUCGCCGGCUCGAAUUAUCCUCGUGCUUUCGCGUGCACUACUCGGCCACUCAAAUGGAACGAGAUGCUCUGUUUGUUGACAUAUCUUUGAACUCUGACAAGACGAUUCGGAUAUGCAACACCCAUCUCGAAUCCCUGGCCUUAGAACCACCCCUGCGUCCAGCGCAAAUGGGCCUUAUCGCAACACACAUGCACGAUGAGAACAUCUCAGGCGCUGUUGUUACUGGCGACUUCAACGCGAUUCAGCCUUUCGACAGAACGCUCCACACCGACAAUGCCCUCGAAGAUGCUUACCUGACUCUUGGAGGUGAAGAGGACGACGAGGGUGGUUAUACAUGGGGACAACAGGCUUUGUCACAGCUACGUCGACUUUAUGGCUGCUCCCGCAUGGACAAAGUGUAUUUCUGUGGCGACAGCCUCAAGGUCUCAGAGUUUGAGCGAUUUGGUGCUGAUGUGGAACCGGACCAUGGUGAAGAAGAUGCCCGAAAGGAGUUGCUCUCGAUCGGUUUCGAGAAGCCAUGGAUUACUGACCAUCUGGGCGUUGAAGCAGUCUUUGAUAUCGUUCAUUAA